AUGGGAAUGGAUGAUGAUUUGGAGAUUUCAAUGACGAUGAUUAAAAAUCAAAAUCAAACAUUUGCUUCUGGAAUUCGCGAAAAUACUGCAAUAGAAGGAGAUGGAAAGAAGAAUACAACGAAUAUUAUCACUUCGUUUACUUCUACAACUAUUCCUAAUAGUAGUGAUAGCAGUAGAAGUUGUAAUUUAAGUCAAACUGGUAACAGUAAUAUUGGUGAUAAUAGUAGCAAUAAUAGUGGCAAAUCUUCAUAUAGUUUCGAUUCAGGGCGGAAGACGAGAGAAUUAUUAAUUGAAGAUUAUCUGAGAACUCUUCAAGCAACUGAUUCGAUAAUGGAACCAAAUAUAGAUAUAACAAUUAAAGGAUUUUUAAGAAAUGGUGGUCAUCCAGAAGUUGUAAUCACUUCUCUCACCAAUAGUUAUCGUGGUCUUGCCCAGUACUGUGAAUUGCUUGGUGAUUGGUUAUCUGAUUUGGAAGGUGACCGGAGAAUUGUUCAUGAAUGUUUCGAAAAAAGUUUAAGCUCAUUGCUUGAAAAACGUUUCGUGGCUGAGGUUGUCGAUAGAAAUUUUGAUGCAGCAGGCGAUGUUGAUAAAUGGUUACCAGAAUUACUGAAACAUAGUAAAUGGCGUAAUUUAAUUUACACACUGAUCGAACAAAAUCCUCGAUCGAGAUUUUUAACCAAAGCAAUUCGAAUAAUAUCAGAUGCCGGUUUUCAACAUGAAAUUACAAAUGUUCAUUUAGCUGCGCAACAGUUUGAAAUUUGUUGUCGUAUGGUUAUUACUGCAAUUGAUGACUUUUUUGCGGAGCAUAAAAAAGGCCCAAUGACGGAUGUUUAUGAAAAGGCUUUUGCGAAAUUAACUCAGAUAGUUUGUUAUAGCGAGCAUACUUAUUUGCUCACGCAAGUUCUUUUGUAUGAAACUAUCAAAGAGGAAAAUAAUGAAGUAGCAGCAGCUUGCACAUAUUUGUCACAAAUAUUACGUCGUGAAGCACAUAAACGUAACUAUCAAGAUUCAUAUGAUAUUCAUAUUGCAUUAAAUAGAGGAUAUAAUGAUUGUGGUAAUAGUGUGAAGCAAAUCAUAUAUGCAAUGCUUAGCAAGAAAUGUCUAAAUCAAGCUGAUAUUAUUCGUCUCUAUGAACAUUACAAUUCAUCUGAGCCACCAGUUGUUGAAUUUAUUCAAGAUCCAUUUUUUAUCGAUAUGCUUAUCGAUGCAUUAUUUGCAUAUGAAGGAUGUAAGGUCCAAUUAAGUCAUCGAUCGAAAUACAUCUUUUUAUUAUCUUAUGCUUCUUGUUGUAGUACUUCAAAUGAUACGAAUAUGGAAAAAGAAGACGAAGAGAUGGAGCGAACAGAGUACAUUAUGGAAAAGAUUUUGGAUAGUAUAAGAUCAGAACGCGAGUUUUUAAAAGAUAUCCGUUUGCUACUCAGUGGUAUUGAAUUUACACCAAUUGCCGGUGGACUAUUGCAUUAUUUACAAGGGUUUUUGUUAAAUAAUGAAAUACUUACUGAAUUUGAAAUGGUUCAUUUCGUUUUAUUGGACGAAAUUGCUACCAAACAUUCCGGCUUACAUAUCAGGUUAUUCAAAAUGCUUUGUGAGUUGUAUGAUCGUCAGUCAAAGUCGCAACAACCAGCAGAAAUGAUUAUCGCUAAACAACGAAGUAUUAUUGAUCGUUUUGUUCAUCUACUUUCUGUUGGAUUUGCAUUACCAGUUGUUGAAAAAAUCAAUAAGAUGUUUCAGGAAGGACAAAUUGAUGUUUCUCUUGCACGGUAUUUUGCCAUAGAUGUUCUGGAUAUCAUUGAACCACCAUAUUCGGAAGAGUUCAUCGAAACAUUUCUACCAAUGGUGCUAAACCGAGAAAUCUUUGAUAAGUUAACAAUGAUUAAGGUACCAGCAGCAACGCAAUUCAUUCAAGAUAUCACAACUGAAACUGUGGGAAGUAAUGAUGAAGUUGAAUUCAACACAAAUGAAGUUUUGUCUGAAUUGAAUAUAUUGGAUACGUGUAACACAACUACUGAAUGA